UGCUCCUCUCUUCACAUUGGGCGUAAAGAAAACACAACAAAACAUUCUCAUUUCUCUUCUCCGCAUGAAUAAGCAGCCACUAAUACACACAUUAUCCGAUUUGUUGUAGAUAGAGUUGACAGUUUGGGCUUGGCUUGGGCUUCGAGGCCAUGGAGGAGCAGUUGAUAGCGCGUCUGGAAAUGGCGGUGGCCAGGCUAGAGGGCCUGUCGCUGUCGUCACGUGGUGAUGUAGAGAUUGGUGUUGGUUAUGACUUGGCUGUGGAUCCAUCGAUUGUGGCUUUUGAUGAUAUGAUGGGACAGUAUUUCGUUAGAGUUUCAACAGCUGCCGAGAAAAUCGGAGAUCAGGUUCUUGAUGCCACGAAGAUUCUUGAAGAAGCUUUUACUGUGCAGAAGGAGCUCCUUAUGGAGAUCAAACAAACUCAGAAACCUGACCCUGCUGGAUUGGCUGAAUUUCUUAAACCAUUGAACGAAGUGGUUAUGAAAGCAAGUAAAAUGACAGAAGGGAGGCGGUCUGAUUUCUUUAACCACGUAAAGACUGUUGCUGAUAGUCUUUCAGCUUUGGCUUGGAUUGCUUAUACAGGCAAAGACUGUGGUAUGAGCAUGCCUAUUGCUCAUGUGGAAGAAAGUUGGCAAAUGGCUGAAUUUUACAGCAACAAGAUUCUUGUGGAGUACAAAAUUAAAGACCCAAAUCAUGUUGAGUGGGCCAAAGCUGUGAAGGAGUUGUAUUUGCCUGGUUUGAGGGAUUAUGUUAAGAGUCAUUAUCCUUUGGGGCCUGUGUGGAAUGCUACAGGAAAAAAAGCGGCUUCUGCUCCACCAAAAGCUCCAACACCUGGUGCUCCUGCUCCGCCACCUCCUCCACAGACCUCUCUCCUCAGUUCUGAGUCUUCUCAGGCAUCUUCGUCAUGCCCCAACGAAGGGAUGGCUGCUGUUUUUCGAGAAAUUAGUUCAAAGCCUGUUACUGCAGGCCUGAGAAAAGUCACUGAUGAUAUGAAGACCAAAAAUCGGGGAGAUAGAACUGGUAUUGUUGCUGCUGCUGCUGGUGGAAAAGAAGUUCACACUGCUUCACCUUCGGUCUCUAAAGUAGGACCUCCCAAACUAGAGCUUCAAAUGGGUCGUAAGUGGGUUGUUGAGAAUCAAAUUGGAAGAAAGGACUUACUUAUUGAUGACUGUGAUGCAAAACAAUCUGUGUACCUUUUUGGGUGCAAAGACUCUGUUUUGCAGAUUCAAGCAAAAGUCAACAAUAUUACAAUUGACAAAUGCACGAAGAUGGGAGUUUUAUUCAGUGAUGUUGUAGCUGCUUGUGAGAUAGUAAAUUGCAAUGGUGUUGAGUUGCAAUGUCAGGGUUCAGCUCCUACAAUUUCAGUGGACAAUACGUCCGGUUGCCAGAUAUAUUUAAGCAAAGAUUCUUUGGGGGCAUCCAUAAUGACAGCCAAGUCAAGUGAAAUCAAUGUUAUGAUUCCCGGUGCUAAGCCUGAAGAUGAUUGGGGGGAGCAUCCUCUGCCACAACAGUUUGCCCAUGUAUACAAGGAUGGCCAGUUUGAAUCAACUCCGGUCUCCCACUCUGGAGGCUAGUGGAGACUUUCAGCUGCAGAUAUAGUUUGGAUGCUUCCCUUUGGGUCAUUGCAACUCUUGCUCAAACUAACCAGCCAAAAUGGUGGGAAAAUAAUGCUCAAAAUAUGAUUGACAUUCAUUCUACUCAAGAAAUUUUGAGAGAUAAAUUAGUCAUUGAUGAAUUCUAUAGAUCGAUGUUUGAACUAUUGAAGUGUGAAAUUCACUUUUAGUUUAAUUGAUUCAUUUCCUAGAUAAGUUUUAUAUCAAACUUAUAUUGGAGGUAAGAAAUUUGAACAUGAAAUUGUUGUUUAAAAAAAAUGAGCAAGGCUUGAUCGAGCUCCAGUUUGGUUCAAGUUCAGUGCUACAGUGACAAACUUAAUCAAGUGGAGCUCGAGCUUGCUCUACUUUGGCGA